GGGAUGGAAGCCUCAUGCUGGACCACAGCCUUUAACAUGUCCCGAUGUACGCUUCUGACUUUAUGCAGGCAGGUUAUACAGGUUCUUUAACUAGAGUAUAUUCCAGUGUUCACACAAAGGAUGCGUCAGGAACUGAUAGACGAAGAGCUGAAGACAUGGAAGCAAGCGUUUAAAGGAAAACCAGGAGACCUGAUCCAGAUCAACCGUGGGCCCUAUAAGCACUGGGCCGUCUGCAUCGGAGAGAAUGAAGUGGUUCAUUUCGGUACAGACAGUGGUCAGUCAUCUGGCUCGUUGACAAAUUCAGGCACCGGAAUGGUGAAGCGUGAGAAGCUCACCAAUGUAGUCGGCAAUGACGAUCACCAGGUCAAGAAUCUACUGGAUAACAAGUACAAGGCUCGUGAUCCUUCCAUCAUAGUGAAGGAGGCCUGUGAGAGGGUGGGCCGCGUGUUAAAGUACGACCUUGUCAAUAACAACUGUGAGCACUUUGCUACUGACCUGCGAUACGGGGUGGCAGAGUCUCGUCAGGUGUGUAUCUGACUGUUGUGUUUGUUAACCUUGUUAACUCUUCCACAGCAGAAUUAGUGUGUAGAUGUUGUGUUUGUUAAAAGGCGAUUGACAGAAGACGAGUCUUCCUUUCUGUUUUCUCCACAAAGUGAGUCAUGGUCUUGAACGCUCCACUAACUGAGAAGCUCUCUCUACAACUCUGAUAUGACUCAAAAGAAUCAAAGAGACAGGAUUCCUAAUAGAUAUCUGAAGUGCAUGAAGUGGAGAUACUGAUAUUGGGGAAAUAAAACAUUUCUGAUACUAAAACAUCAGCUAAUAUAUAUUCAUAUGGUGUCGUUAUCAAACCCUUAUUAAAUAAAAUGUAAAUGAGGCUUGAUAUUAUACUGUUUAAUUGUAAACUCUACUCUAAAUGUGUGGAAAAGAAUAAAAUGACCCUUGAGAGGAAUUUAAAUAUUCUGACUAAUGCAGAGGAAAUACUGUGUCACGACUUGAGGAAAGGAGAUGGACCCAGUAGCAGAGGUAUAUAACAAAAGGUGUAUUUAAUACAAAAAGAGACUUUAACUUAACAAAACGCAAAACAAACACUAAAGGAAUUGAAACACUGAAAAGACAUGAACUAGAACAAGAAGACAAAAACACAAGGAAGCUAGAAUCAGGAAAAACAGCAACAUGGAACAAGGCUUGACAAC